AUGAAAUGGGCUAAGACAGGCCCACACAAUGGAGCAGCGACUCUUAGUCUUUUAGAACAGUUAAGGCACAGAAACAGCCUCAUAUGUGCGGCAUCUAUUGCGAUCGCGUUAGUCCCCGCACGAAAAUCAUGUAACUUUGAAGAAAUGAUUAAACCACCAAAAGGGUACCCUUCGUCAGAAGUAAAGCUUCGUGAACACGAAGCUGGUGGACUAUUUUCCGUAUUUCAAGAAUACGGUAGUGGUGCAACUUUUUUUGAACGUGUCACAUCAGGAUUCGCUAUAUCAAUUCGGACAUGUAGGGAACUAGAAGGGCCAUUUUGUGACUAUUUGUCUAGCCAAUAUAACAAACCAGUGUACCUAACCUGGCCGGUAUUGACCGAGCCAUCACCUAAAGAUCGUCUAGACAAAAAAUGGGCUAAUUGGCUCCAACAGUACAAGCUAGGGUCUGUCCUGUUUUGUUCUUUUGGGAGCCAAUUGAUUCUCGAAAAGGAUCAAUUUCAAGAACUCAUAUUAGGGAUUGAAUUGACUAAUUUACCCUUUCUAAUCGCAUUAAAACCUCCAUCUGGUGUCAAGACGAUCGACGAAGCCCUACCGGAGGGAUUUGAAGAGAGGACUAAAGGCAAGGGAAUAGUAUGUGGGGAUUUUGUGCCACAAAUUGGGAUUUUGAGUCACUCUUCAAUUGGAUGUUUUGUGAGCCAUUGUGGUUUUGGAUCAAUGUGGGAAUCUUUAAUGAGUGAUUGUCAAGUUGUGCUUGUACCAAAGUUGGGUGACCAAAUUUUGAAUACUAGGCUUUUGGCUAAUGAGUUAAAAGUUGCUCUUGAAGUUGAAAGAGAUGAAAAUGGGUGGUUCACAAAAGAGAAUUUGUGUAACAUUAUAAAAAGUGUGAUGGAUGAAGGGAGUGAAUUAAUCAAGAAAAAACAUGUCAAGUGGAAAGAGACACUAACAAGGCCAGGAUUCAUGAGUGGUUAUAUUGAAGAGUUCAUCAAUGAUUUGCACAAUAUUUAG